AUGCCUGCUGUUGCAGUGCGAGAAGGGUCAAAUUAUGGAUUAUUUAGUCGACGACCUUCAACUAAAAGGCAAAUAGAACAUUUACUCAAUGUUCAUCCAGAAAAAUACCGCAGUCGAAGUGGUCGAUCAACACGAACUUCAACACCCAUUAAUUUACAUGAUAUUGAUUGCCAUCGAUCACGUUCGGUUGAUUUUUUGUCACCCAUCAUGGACACACCAUCAAAUAGGGAGCCAAACAAUAUAAUGUUUAAUGAUACGUCAUCAGCAAAACAACUAGAGCGAAAUCUAAUUACAAUUAAUGUUUCUGGUCUAAGGUUUCAAACUUAUGAAUCAACAUUAGAAAGAUAUCCAUUAACACUGCUUGGUAAUUCAUUCAAACGAAAUCGUUUCUGGGAUCCCAAAAAUGAAGAAUAUUUUUUUGAUCGGCAUCGUACAAGUUUUGAAUCAAUACUGUAUGCAUAUCAAAGUGGCGGUAUUAUGAAAAGGCCGGAAUCGGUACCAAUCGAUAUGUUCGUCAAAGAGCUCAAAUUUUUUGAAGUAAAUCCAAAAUUACAGAAAAUGGGUGAAGAAUUGUUAGAAAAAUUUUGGAUUAGUGAAGGUUACGAGAAACCAAAAGAAAUUCAAAUGCCUCAAAAUGUAUUACAGCGACAGCUAUGGGAAUUAGUAGAAUAUCCAGAUUCUUCAUUAUUCGCUCGUAUAUUUGCGCUUCUGUCUAUUUUUGUUAUUAGCAUCUCAAUAAUAUCAUUUUGCUUGGAAACACUACCAUCAAUGAAAGAAAAUCCAGGUGACGUACGCGACUGGUCUAAUCCAUUUUUCUACAUUGAAUUAUUCUGUAUUAUUUGGUUUACCAUUGAAUUACUACUACGAUUUAUAAGCUGUCCAAAUAAGUUCAGCUUUCUUCGCUCUGUUCUAAACAUCAUUGAUUUCGUUGCUAUUGCUCCUUUUUUUGGUAAUUUAAUGUGGAUGGAUUCAACUAAAUCCAGUUCAUCAAUGUCAUUUGCUGUAUUACGUGUUUUACGAUUAGUACGAGUAUUCAGGAUAUUUAAGCUUAGCAGGCACUCAGUUGGUUUACAAAUCCUUGGCAAAACAUUUCGUGCAUCCAUACAGGAAUUUUGUCUUCUUAUCUUUUUUAUGGUUAUUGCUCUGGUACUUUUCUCUAGCGGUGUUUAUUUUGCUGAACAGAAUGAACCAAAUACAAAGUUUACCUCAAUUCCUGCUUCAUUUUGGUUUGUUUUGGUUACAAUGACUACAGUUGGGUAUGGGGAUCUAACGCCAACUGGAGUUUACGGUAAGCUAGUGGGUGGCUUGUGUGCAUUAAUUGGUGUGUUGACACUUGCCCUACCUGUACCCAUUAUUGUAGCAAAUUUUAAGCAUUUUUAUCGACAAGAAACACGAUUAGCACAAAUGCGUGCAUCAGCUGAAGAAGAUGAAACAAAUUCAGAGCAUUCAUCCAAGUCACCGUGA